CUUUCUCUUUCUUAAAAUAACACUUUUUAUUUAAGCACUUGUAAAAUUUGUUUUUAAUACUUCUCUGAAAUUUCUGUGGUCUCAUAGUAUUGUAAGAAAGAAAGACUAUGGAUAUAAAUUUAAUUCUGAGCUGGUUUGGCUUAAUGCUUUUAUUUUUAAAGUCGACAGAAUGCAACAAAAAGAUCGACAUUUUUUUCGUAUCCUAUAGCAACCCACACCACACGACAGCCGACAGUAAAUGCUGUCAAAUUGAAACAAGUGAUUGUCGUCAUAAAUGCGACAAUGAAUUUGACGUUUGCAUCACGGAUCCAUCCAUCGCUGCAGCGUGUAAUUACGCAAAAGUCGAGACAGAAGGCUUCUACUUCGAUGUAUUUGGAUUUCAUCUUGGCUUAGAAAAUAACCUUCAGAAUCCAGUAGAGAAGUUGCUCAAUGUUUGGCCGGAAAAAUUGGAUAUCAAUAUCGAGGUGUAUAACAUUGUCAGUCAACGAAGAGAUCUGGUGGCACGUUUCAAUACUCAGCUCCAUGUUUUGCAAAAUAUUCAAGCCAAAAUCUACCAACAAGAAUUCAACAUGUCUUCCGGUAACAAUUUCCAGGUUAAGAAGCUUGACCUGAAGGUCAUAAAAAGUUGCAUUCCGAACUACGUUCUACCCGACUGUACCAAGCUAUAUUGCGUACCACAAGACAACGCGACGGGACAUUAUACUUGCGAUGAAAAAACUGGAGAAAAAGUUUGCCUUGAUGGUUGGAUGAAUGUAACAAGCGAUUGUAUUGUAGAAAAUAUAACGACCACUACUGCAACUCCAUCAACAACAACUUGUUCAACAACAACACCCGAUAUUCCAACUACUCAAAUGACUUCCACAAAAUUUGACAAUAUUGGACCAACGAAGGAGUCAUCCAUAAACGGCCACAAAAAUGAUGUUGUCAUUAAAGUCGGCGUUGCUAUUGGUUGCAUUGCGGCAAUCGCCGUUAUCAUCGUUAUUGCAAUCGUCAUCAGGAGACGGUAUAAUAAAGGGAAAUAUGAAUCCUUCUGAUGGAAUGGAUGUUUCUAAAUUGUUUAAAGGUUGUUUCCAUUUGACUGCACUUUACGCUGUAGCGCAUGCGCACUAUCGCAAAGUUAGGUUUUUAUUUAAGUGUUAAAAAAAAUCUCCUGGACAUUUUUGCGUGAAAGUGAAGUCAAAUGGAUAUGAGCAUUAACUCGUCAAUUAUCAAUGGGACGAUGUAAAUAUUAUAUUGAUGUAUAUAGUAGACAGCACAUAGAAAAGAUGGAAAAAAAAUUUUAAGAUGCCGAAAAUUUUGUACCUGUUUUAAACUUUUUGUAUUAUAUUUUGUAAUAAAGCAUUUUUUACUUCU